AGUAGAGAGAGAACUGUCGUAGCGUCAGGGGGCAGCAACUGCCAGCGGUUGCUCGCGAGAGGCGCCUCCGUGACACCCGGUCGCCGUGCCGCCGCGGAGGCCUCUCGCAGCCGCACGCCUCCGAGCACCGGCGGCAACCAACGGACACGAACGUCCUUGACCGGAUCCGCCGGCCCGGCGCCGCUCCAUGGCCGCCUUUUUAGAGCACCGCGGGCACCUCCUCUUUCUGCCUCGCUGAACCUCCACGAGGAUCUCCGAUCCGCGCUCGCGAUCCACCGCUGCCACCACCGUACCGUACGCACCUCACCCGCAGCCGUAUCUCUCCCCGCAUCGAUCGAUCGCCAUGGCGCCGUCCACGCGCGCGCGGCUCCUCCUCGCGGCGGCGGCGCUCGCGGUGGCGUGCGCGCUGCUGGCGGCCACGCCCGCCGGCGCCGACGCCGCCCCCGUCGAGGGCCUCCCGCCUGCCCUCGGCGCCAGCGUGUUCGGGUGCAACCCGGCCACGGACAAGACGUGCAAGCCCGAGGGCCCCAAGCUGCUGCCGGGCGGCGGCGUGGACAUCGACGGCGACGGCGACGAGGACGAGCUGCCCGGGUUCAACCCCCACUUCAACAUCCUCGGCCACGCCCACUGAGUUAGCUGUGGGUGGCCGUGUCGUGUGUGUGUCUUCGAUCGAUCUUGACGCUCUCUAAUCUGGACAUGCUGUUGCGUUUGCAUUGUACUAUUGUGAGCAUAUAUGAUGGUAAAUGGAACAAAGAAUCUCAAGAUCUCUAGGUUUUUUUUCUUUUGGAGAUUAA